AUGGGGUUCAAUGUUGAGCUUGCGCGCAUCUCUGCAUUGCCCAAUGACGCUUUCUAUAUCUCGGACUUCAUUACAGAGGCCGAAGAAGACUGGCUGUUACAAAAGGUGACAUCAGCGCCUCUUCCACGCUGGACGCAUCUUUCCCACCGCAGACUCCAGACAUGGCCAUCCGCACUAACCAAAAGUAAUGUACUUCUGGCAUCACCACUGCCAGCUUGGCUCAGGGCUCCAAUCAUCGAGCCUCGAUUCCAAAAACUGGGCAUCUUCAACGAUUCACCACAUCAAGCACCGAAUCAUGUGUUGGUAAACGAGUACCGCCCGGGCCAAGGGAUCAUGCCACAUGAAGACGGAGCAGCAUACUACCCCAUCGUCGCCACAGUAAGCCUGGGCGCACCGAUUGUGCUUGAAUUCUACGACAAGCCCAUCGGCAGAGAUACAGCGACCAAAAAAGAGGAGACAGGGCACACCAAUCGACUGAGAUACAGGAUCUUGCAGGAGAGGCGAAGCUUGCUUGUCACGGGGGACAAGAUGUAUACGGAUUUGCUGCAUGGCAUUGCGGAAACGACCAGGGAUGAAAACCUCAGCCCGGAGACGAUCUGCAAUUGGGACCUCCUGCGGGAUCAGGAAGCCUACAGAAGUGGAUGGAGUGAGCGUGGGACGAGGACGAGUCUCACAUAUCGAGAUGUGCGUCAUGUUGCAAAAAUAGGUAAUACUAUGAAGUUCCUGAGGUGA